AUGUUACAAGUUAGACAGGAUGCUGAACAGUUGUUUGUCUGGGAACUUGGUGAGGGCUUGGUUAACAUCUGGUGGGAUAAUUGGUCAUUGGAUGGUUGCCUUAUUCAGGACCAGUUUGUCCCAGCUGCCCCUAUGUUUGUGAAAGAUAUCUGGGCUUUUGGCAAGUGGAACCUUGCUCCUAUCAUUCCUUUCUGUAGCCCAUCUCAAUUAAGCAGUAUUCAGAAGCUUACUAUCAAACCUGGGGUGAAAGACAAAAUUGUGGUUAGAAAGAACCCUAUCCCUUCUCAACAACCCCAUCUGGUACACUGGGGUCACACCAUCUGGAAUAAUUUCCUCACCCCAUCCAUGUCCUUCUUCAUUUGGAGACUUUUCUCAAAGAUGAUUCCCACGGAUGACAUCCUAAAGUUGAAGGGUUUGAGGGGUCCUUCUAGAUGUUUUUUCUGCUUGGCUCAAGAGGAAACAAUUUCCCAUCUGUUCUUUGAGUGUCAUUGGGUACAGGAGGUUUGGUCAUUUGUGAUUGGUAAACUUAGAAUCCCAACCUUGCACCUCACAUGGAAGAUGUUCUUUACUAGCUGGGCUGAUUGGAGGGGUGCUGAACUCCAGGACAUCCCCAAUAUUGUGGCAUGGUUUGUGUGGAUGGCAAGGAACCAGGCAAAGCAUGAUAGCUCCCUUAUUGAUCCUAAGAGGGUGGGUCUAAAUUGUAUUGCUUUUAUUCAAAAACUGAUCAACUUUAAAAAGUACAAGACUGUGUUGGAGAUUGUUCCUGUUCUCAAGCCUCAAACUUCCAAAGUUGUGACUAUCUGCUAG